AUGGCUGUGAUGUUCGCUGCCAUGUUGCUUCUGGCCGCGGCUGUUGCCAUGCAGGUGACACAACGAGAGAUCUCUGUCUGCGCCAGUUUCAAGGGGAGGUGCUACGGGCGUCUUUCCAGCGCUGCGGGGUGGAGUCCAGAUACGUCACCUUGGCACCAGGACCCUGAGUUGGCUCCUGAAGCGAGGCGGCCCUUGAGCAUUGCUGUCAUCAGGGUGAGCGGUGGGACCCAAAUUUUCAGGGCAGCACUGCGCUUCAGUGAGGGCAACAUGGAGACGCGGAAGUUUUCUGCAGAGAAGUGGGGAGGUGACCUCUUCGUGCGCGGGAAAGGCUUAUUCUCCAAGUACCAGGGCCGGCCACGGAGCACGAGAGAGGCCUUCGAUGAGGAGGGCUUCUUUCGCACCGGACACCGGGCAGAAAAGGUGGAGGAUGUCAUCCUUCCCCUGCCAGCCCUGGGCGAUCAGUCUCUAGAGCAGGAGGUGGACCGACACCUCACCAGGACCCCCAACGUCCAGAGGUAUCCGCAGAUGCGACCCGACUGGAAAAUCAAAAAGGUGCCCAUCAGGGUCUACCAGUACUGGAAGGCCAAUUGGGGCGGCGUCUUGGUGACCAAGAAGCACAACGCUGGAAAGGAGGUCUACCGUGGCAAGUACAAGUGA